AUGACUAGACUUUUUUUGGCGUGUUUGGUGUGUCUAACGGCCCAAACGUUAGCAAUCAGUGAUGACAAAUUUAUCAAAAAAUACGCUAUGAUGAAGAUCUACGAAAGUUGUUUUGGCCCAGAAGUAGUAAAGCAAUUGCGACAAGAAAUGAAGGAUGCAGUCGCAAAGUGUUGUUCAGCGCCAUCUCUUGACGAACCGUCGAACGAUUUGCCAAACGAACCGCCAAACCCACAGAGCUUGCCGUCGAUCUUGUUCGGCAAACUGCCACCAGGGUUCGCCAUGGACCCCAACACGCAAACAAUAACUAGGCCGCUAGAUGGCGCUCACAAUCAUGAUAAUAAUUUACCACAACCAGACCAAGGGCAACAACUUCAGAAAGUUCCACCAAUCGGAAACAUUCUACCAUUUAGAUCACAAGGGCCCUUCCAGCCUCCGUCACCGUACAUGACGCCGGGUCAGUUCCGCCCCCUAGCGCCACCUUACUACCAGUACCCGUACAACCCCAUGUUCUACUCCCCGCCAGGCCUGCAAUACAACCCCUACGCGUACCAGCAACAACAGCCCUUCCAGCAGGGGAUGUACCAACAACCAUACUUUGCAGGAAACAGCAGGAUGUCUCGCGAUUUCAACAUACAACGCGACGACCAACGCGACCAUCUCGAACUCCUCCACCACCGCAACGCAGCGGUCGGUCGGGUCCGCAACAUCACAUGCGUCAUGCAGGAGCUUGGCUACGUCGACCACAAUAUGCAGCCCAACUACGAACAGAUCACGCAACGCAUCAGCAACCUCCCCGUGUCGAGUGAACUUAAGGGAGACAUACAGGAUGGGAUGCAGUUCUGUCAGAAGUUCUCGCAAUGCGUACCAGAUAUCAAACGGGACGUGGCACCACUAUCCCAGGAGCUGAUCAAACCAAUGUUUUUCUUCCGCUGUUACAAGCACAAGAAAUUGGAAGCCUGUAUAAUGAAGGACAUCCGCGAGAGAUUUACAUCCGAAGAUGAACUUGACACAGAUGGCGAUUUCAGGUCACUCUCAAGGUCAGCCAGGUCAGUCCGCGACGAUACUCUUGGCGACCCACGGAUCGAAGCCCUGGAUGAGAUGGCGGCAUACAUGUUCGACUACCUCAGCGGUGGAAGCAGUCUAGACUACGAUUUAUACUUGUAG